CUGUAAGCGAUCAAUGUUCAACACAAAAUUUCGUUGGAGGCACUUCUGUUUAUUUUUGAUAUCGAUUUUAGUGUUUAUAAGUGGUUUAAGAGUGAUAAGUUGCUUCGUUAAGACCGAACCGGAAGAAAUUCGUUGUAUUCUAAAGAAAUUGUUUAAAAUGAGUGACGCGGAGUUCUUAAGAAGGGCCAAAAAAAGGAUUAAGGAGGUGAAACGCAAAGCACGACCAGAACUGACUACAAAAGAAGCCUGGACAGCACAGGGGUACCUGGAAUGCUUCCAAAAGUUCUGGGAAUUCACAGAUAAUUGCGACAGAAUCGACUGCACUGAAGCUUCCUACGCCGAAUUUGUCGACAAGUACGAACGACCGUAUAAGCCCGUUGUCUUAACGAAUGCCCAGUUGAAAUGGAAUGCGAAUCAAAAGUGGACACUGCCAAAAUUAGCCAAGAAGUACAGGAACCAAAAGUUUAAAUGUGGCGAAGAUAACGAGGGAUACAGUGUAAAAAUGAAAAUGAAGUAUUAUAUACAUUACAUGCAAGUAACUAGAGAUGAUAGUCCGUUAUAUAUUUUUGAUAGUAACUAUGGAGAGCACAAGCGCCGGAAAAAGCUCCUAGAAGAUUACGAAGUGCCAUUAUAUUUCCGCGAUGACUUAUUUAGGUACGCGGGUGAACGUCGUCGACCUCCAUAUCGUUGGUUUGUGAUGGGACCGGCACGUUCCGGUACUGGAAUACAUAUUGACCCGUUAGGAACAAGUGCCUGGAAUGCCCUCGUUUCUGGACAUAAACGAUGGUGUCUAUUUCCUACAAAUACUCCUAAAGAAUUAUUGAAAGUUAGUAAUGAUAUGGGCGGAAAGCAACGAGACGAAGCAAUUACGUGGUUUAAAGUAAUUUAUCCGCAUACCAAAGAUCCUAGUUGGCCGAGCGAUUGUAAACCGAUCGAGAUAUUGCAGAAACCGGGAGAGACUGUCUUUGUACCUGGUGGCUGGUGGCACGUUGUCCUCAAUUUAGAUACAACAAUCGCAGUCACGCAAAAUUUCUGUAGUCGCAUCAAUUUCCCGAUAGUAUGGCAUAAAACGGCGCGCGGUCGACCUAAACUCUCGAAAAGAUGGUUGCAUGUUAUACGAAAGAGGGACCGCACGUUAGCGCACAUCGCCGAUAAGGUGAAUUUGGAGCAACCCUCCUCUCUGGCGUCGGAUAGCUCGAGCGAUUCCUCCUCAAGUUCUAGUUCGGAGGUUUCCGAAAGUGAGAGUGAUAACGAAUCUUUUUCAGAUGUCCGGAGGAGACGACGAUUCGAGUUUCACGAGUUUAGACUGAAACGACAUUUUAAGAGAAGACCUCACCUUAAAAAAAACCUGUAAAUAUGAAGAUCAUUCUUUUUGUUAAAGCUUGUCACGCUUAUCUUACCACCAAGAGACUUGCCCUUGUACCUAUAUGAGACGGAAACAUAAAUGUAAAUGUGACAUUUUGUUUUUAGAGCAACGAUUAUCCUUUACCGUCUUGCUCAUCUUGUUCUCUACAGGAUAAUUCAAAGUCUUCUGUAUUAAAAUAGUCUGAGUAGAGUAGAAUAAUUUAAUUUUGGCUAUGUAUCAAAACGCUUAGAAAACCUAAAUUUGUGAUUAUUUAUAUUAUUUAUUUGUUGUAAUAGUUACCAUUUUCUAAGUCUAUUAUUUAGAGAGGUUUAAAUAAAAUUUAUUCCUUUCUUUUUUUGAAAAUGUUUAGUUAGUGCCGCGGUACCUAUACUUUUGUAAUUUUCGAUCAUUCCUAACUUCUAACUUAACGAAGGUACUGUCUUCGGCAGUUUAAUUUUGAUUCCUUCAUUAACCACAUUUUACAUAGUUCGCAAUAUUAUUUAUAAGGUUGCUGUAUAUAGAGAGUUAUUAUUUUAUCAGUUAAAUAAUUAAAUUGUAGGAUUAAGUUGUCUUGAUUGGUUGGUAAUAUCAAUGACGGUACCAUUUAUCAGUUUAUCAAUGUGCAAAAUUUAAAAAUCCCAUUUAAACUUGUUAUUGAUAUUAUUAAUUAAGUUAUUUAUUUUAAUGGGUAAAGGUGCGAUUUGUUUGUUGUUCGCAAAGAAUUACUUUUGUUGUUGCUAUUGACUGUUAGUUUCUCUAAUGACAGUGGCAGGUUGUAGAAAUUACGAGGCGGUAUAGUUUCCAAAUGCUGCUGUUUAUAUUUUGUGCCAAUUGUUGUGAUCGCAAUGACAACAUACAGCCAAAAGAUAUGGACAGAACGGUAUUGCUAUAAAUGCAUAAAUUUUAACAGACUGCUCAUUAUACGAUACUUAACUAUGUAGGUGUAGUCCUUAUUUGAUUAACGUUAUUCGACCAUUUUCUUUAAAAUGUGAUCUGAAAAUAGUGCCUCAUUCAGUGUUUAGUAUUUGUUAAAUUUCCUAUCAAAUUUAAAUAAUAUGCCAACAAGAUUGUAUUAUUACACGUAAAUCCUGAUGCCAAACAAUUACGAUAAACAAUUUGUAAUUGUUCGGUAUCAAUUAUAUUUUAAUAUUGUACAACUCGUUCAUUCAACAUCUGAAAGUUGUCACUUUAAAGACAUGACAAAGUAUUUAUUAGGCAGUUAAGGUUUAUAAACAUAAUCAGAAUAUUCUAUUGUAACACAACCAAAUAUUUUGUGUGCCUUUGUUCUUUGUAUUUUUAAAU